GUGGGUAGCAACAGUUGCCCGGGUGAGGAAGAAGCGCCAUAGCCACGGUAGUCGUGGUGACAAGAACCCAGCAACGAGAAUCAACAACAACAACCCGAUUCAUUGAAUAAAACGUAUUAAAUCAAAAGUACCGCUGGAAAAGUCACUCGGGAUAAGAGUCCAAUGGCAACUCCAGCGUAUGUGAGGGAGCUGCAGCAGACCUCCCAGCCCCAAACCAGUGUUGUGACAACAUCAGGGCAGUCUGCCACGGUGACUGCGACCCCGCAACAGUUCCUGGCUGAACUUCAGACGACUGGCCCUUUAGCCUCAACGGCCCUGCCGGCCGGCCGAACCACACCUCCUCCCGCACAAGCCCAGAAGAGCCAGGCCAUAAUCCAGACCCCACCCACCCAAGCUCCGCCCACUCAGACUCAGUAUGUCACGGCUGAGAUUCAGAGCUCACCUACGCAGUCCAGCAAUGCCCAGAAUACACCACAGUACAUUGUUGUCACGGUCACAGAGGGAUCUCUACAUUCCAGUGACUCUGUAUCUGACUCCAGUCCUCCAUCGGCUGUCGUACAGACUGGUGUUCCCACCCAGGUGGUGCAGCAGGUACAGACGGCCCAACAGAGGUCAGUGGUUCAGGCCACAGCCCAGCCACCGAAAACAGAGCCGGGCACGCAGCUGAAUGUCACUAGUCUACAAUCCGUGCACCUGUCACAGGAGGUACAGCAACAACUCCAGCAGGUGCCGGUUCAGCAUGUGUAUACUAACCAGGUGCAGUAUGUGGAAGGAGGAGACAACAACUACACAACCAGCACAAUUCGCUCCAGCAGUUUUCCUUACACAGAGACCCCUCUGUACACGCAGACCACUGCCGGACAGUACUACGAGACCACCCCUGCCUCCGAGGCCACGUCGCCCGGCACCCCUCUCACCGUCUCCGUAACCACAGGAUCCCCGGGAUUGUCCAUGUUCGUGACGGAGGCAGGCCAGAUCGUGGCCAAUCCCACGGCCAACGCCGGGGUGGCGGCCAUAGUGGCGACUGCUGGGCCGGCGUCCAACGGCUCAGGAGACUCCGGGAGCGAGGCUAAUGGCAGCGGCGCUAGUUACGUGAUUCAGGGAGGCUACAUGCUCGCCGGCGGCGGGAGCGGCAGCAGCAGCAGCGGAAACGGUUACACGCACCCCACCCGCGCCUCUCCGACCACCGUGAGUAUAAACGAAGGCGAGGAGAAUAGCGUGCCGUCGGCAGACAAAAAGCUGUCCUCUGGCCCUCAGGUGCAGUGGUUACUGGAUAACUAUGAGACAGCAGAAGGGGUGAGUUUGCCCCGAUCCACACUCUACUGCCACUACCUGUUACACUGUCAGGAGCAAAAGCUGGAACCCGUCAACGCGGCUUCCUUCGGGAAACUCAUACGCUCUGUGUUCAUGGGGCUGAGGACCAGGCGCCUGGGCACACGAGGGAAUUCUAAAUAUCACUACUACGGUCUGCGGAUCAAAGCGAGCUCGUCCCUGAUCCGACUGAUGGAAGACCAGCAACACCUGGCCAUGAGACAGCAGCCCUUCUCUCAGAAACAGAGGUUGAAGCCGGUCCAGAAGGUGGAGGGAAUCACAAACGGGAUGUCUUCCGGAUCCGGGCAGCAGCAACAACAACAGGGUUCCGGUCUGUCGGACAUCAGCACUCAGGUGCAGCAGUACCAACAGUUUCUAGAUGCAUCUCGAGCUCUCCCAGAAUUCCCUGAUGUCGACCUGCAGGGUAAAGCAUUACCAGAGGGCAUUGAGCUAGAACAUCUCAAGGGCUUUCAGCUGCUCUACAGAGAACACUGCGAGGCCAUUCUGGAUGUGAUGGUCAACCUGCAGUUUCCUCUGGUGGAGACGCUGUGGAAAACAUUUUGGAGGUUCAGCGAAAAUCAGGCAGGAGACGCAGCGUUAGCUGUGCACGAUGAAUCGGAGAAGCGACUGCCCAAGUCAUGUCUCGUUCUGCUCUGUAAAUAUGAUCCAGUGUUGCGCUGGAGCCGCGACUGCGACAACACGCUGUACCAGGGCCUGGUGGAGAUGCUCAUCCCUGACGUUCUGAGACCCAUUCCCAGUGCCUUAACGCAAGCCAUCCGAAACUUCGCCAAGAGCCUUGAGAGUUGGCUGACUAAUGCCAUGAUGAACAUUCCUGAGGAGAUGGUUCGUGUCAAGGUGACGUCUGCGAGCGCGUUCGCGCAGACCCUGCGCAGGUACACCUCUCUGAAUCACCUGGCCCAGGCAGCACGUGCCGUACUGCAAAACACGGCACAGAUCAGCCAGAUGCUCAGCGACCUCAACCGAGUGGACUUCGCCAACGUGCAGGAACAGGCCUCUUGGGUUUGCCGAUGUGAGGACCGGGUCGUCCAGCGAUUGGAGCAGGACUUUAAACUGACCCUCCAGCAGCAGAACUCUCUUGAACAGUGGGCGGCCUGGCUGGAUGGUGUGGUCUCACAGGUCUUAAAGCCAUACCAGUCGAGCGCGGCCUUCCCUAAAGCAGCUAAACUCUUUCUGCUCAAAUGGAGCUUUUACAGCUCUAUGGUGAUCAGAGAUCUGACCCUCCGCAGCGCAGCCAGCUUCGGCUCAUUUCAUCUCAUCCGUCUGCUCUAUGAUGAAUACAUGUAUUACCUGAUAGAGCACAGAGUCGCUCAAGCCAAGGGAGAAACACCUAUCGCUGUCAUGGGAGAGUUUGCAAGUCUUGGCCGAAGUUUAAACCCACUGGAUCCUGAUAAAGAUGAUGAAGAGGAGGAGGAGGAAGACAGCGAGGACGAGUGCCAGGAGUUGUCUUUGCAGUCGGAUGGCGGCACCAUCGGCGACGAAUCUCUGGAACCGCCCGCCAAACUGGCUCGAACCGACCAGAGGGUCCUGUUCAGCACAGGCAGCAUGGACAACUGAGAACUUACAAUACACACAUGCAUAUAAACGCAGAUACAGACGUACAACGUGCACACACACACACACACACACACACAUCAUUUGUGCACCUAAACCAACACACACAUCUGUAAAGUGCUGCAGCCUAUACACAUUUACACAUCCCUGAACAUUUUCCUGCCUGUCAAUGUCUCAAAUAUAAACAUUACGCACUGUAACGCACACGUGACUCAUAACAUGAACACAGUCACCUCCCAAAGUUUCAUAUCGAGAAACAGGGUCGUGAAACGUACCCGGCUCUUCUGUAACGCGUCUGGGUGGUUAUCAGUCACAAAAAAAAAAAGAGUUUUCGAAUCUGAACUUCAUUUUGUCUGAAUACAAACAAAAACUGCUGCAGACUCUUACAUUCUGUUCGUGAUGGGCCGAGCUCUGAUUGGCUACUAAAUUCAAAGUUGUUAUUCAAUCUUUUACAGCCUAUAAGGAUGGGACUGCAUCUGUGUAGUGAGAAAAAUAAUCACCUAUUAGUGUCUGUUUGUGUGUUGAUGUAUCCUUUCUGCCUUUCCGUGUGUUCUUCGUGUGGUGGCGAGUGAACCUUAUCGUUUUAAUUGGCUGGGAUGAAAAGUGUGUGGUUUCGUGACUGUGUGUGAAAUUGCACGUGUGAAUGACAGUUCUGAUUCUCAACAAAUGUUGAUAGUUGUUUUGUCAGUGGUAUUUUGAAAGACAUACAGCCUUUUUUUCAGUUCUGAAUGCCUUUGGCGACUGCCAUGUCAUUUGCUGUUUAUAGCAUAUUAUAGCCCAGCUUUUUGGAAAAACUCAGUUUCCCACAAGCCUCUGGGUACGUGCUUUUUUUUAGGGCUAGUCUAUGCAUACCUCUGAAAACAGUUUGUCAUUUAGCACUACCGUGGUCUUUGGCAUUCAUGAAAAAGCUAGAAAGAAGAGAUUCACUUCUCAUUUCAUUUUUUGAGAUUUAUGUUAUGUGGUCGUAUGACGUUUUACUGUCCUAUUUUAUUUGUUGCACUUUUUCCUUUUGCCAUAUGUCGUUCUAAACAUGCAAGACAUUAAAUGUUUCCAGCCUUAUGUUUUAUGGUCACAAGUGACAAUCUGUGUGUACAGUGUUGUCUCACACUGUGUAGUGAAUAUGUGAUGGUUUGCUGUGUAUUUGGGAUUUUGUGGAUAAGAUAUUUACUAAAACCCUUCUAACACACUUGACAUGAGCACUGCCCCAUGAUGUCCCGUAAGUAGAAAAAUUAAAGGAGGAUUUCUGCAAAAAAUGAUUCGCUCACCCCUAAUGUCGUUCCAAUCUUUUGUGCAUUUCUGCUUUAAUAGAACAAUUCAUUUUUGUGCUCCACAGACAAAAUAAACAACAUGCGAGUUUGAAAUGACAUUAGGAUGAGCAAAUAACCAAAUUGAUAUGUCUUGUAUAGUAUAUUAAGUGAAACAUACUUUUAUCAACCUUUUGUGUGUUGUUUAUGACCACUGGCCUUGUUCGACCCUGUUUAAAGUACUUGUAUUCCAUCUCGUUCUAUAUAGAUGUAAACUAGGAUUAAUGCUACUGUAUAUUUGACAGAAUAGUAAUCUGUGAUGUAGCGCACAAGGUGUUGACUGAUCUCAGACCAGCAUGUUCUUUCCCCUUCGAUUCUCUUGAUAGAACCACAAGAAGACAUAUCACAAAAUCUGUAGAUCCUCUCUCUUUAUGACAGCGAGAGAUCCUCUCUCUUUAUGACAGCGAUUUUCAUAACAAAAUGAAUUUCCCCUUUUCACGGUCGCUUCGGUUUCUUGCUCAAGAAGAAAAAAAUGUGUGGCAGUGUUUGAGUAACCAUGGGAAUGGUUGUGCCUUUGAAGUUAUCAAAUGAAAUCCAGAUGUUUUUAAUUUAAAAUAUGAAUAAAUGAAUGAUUUCUAUAAUUGUGAA